AUGGAAGAAACAAGAAUUGCUGAACCGGAGCAGACCGCUGCUGUUUUCUACGCCUCCAACGCGAACUAUCCAUCCAACAGUUGCAACGGUUCCUGCAACAGUUCCCGAGGCGGUAGUUCUUCGCGCUAUCAGCGCGGGGGUGGCCGAUCCAACGGUCGCGGAGGUCGCUGCACUAACCGUCAGCCCAUGCAGCACUACGGCUACCAUAAUGCUCAUGGCGCAUCUCAACUCUGGCGCGCACCUUACCGACAACCGUCAAUUCUGGGAUCCGCUCCAAAUACACCGGGCCACCCAUCCACUCCAGCGGCUCAAGCCUACUUUACUGGACCACCUGAACCCUACACCGGCCACUCGACUCCUACUCAGGUUCAUCCGCAGCAGCAACCAUGCCACAACUCUAACAGUUCCAUCAACAGUUGCAACAGUGACAACGUGGUGGAUCUCGCAAACCGUUUGAAUACGGUGACACUUCAACAGCCUACCGAGUCACAGUGGUUCAUGGACAGCGGGUCGACCUCUCAUAUGGCACCACACUCAGGUAAUUUCAAUUUUGUUUUUAAUCCUGGCUGUAAUUUCCCCAAACAUGUCGUCGUCGGUAAUGGUUCCACCCUCCCCAUAACCCACAUAGGCCACACAAUUCUUCCCACCUCUCCCUUCCGCCUCACAAAUGUCUAUGUCACCCCCAAUAUCGUCAAACACCUUAUCUCUGUUCAAAAGUUCACCCGCGAUAACUCAUGUUCAGUUGAAUUUGACUCGUUUGGUUUUUCUGUGAAGGAUCUUCAGAGUCGAGUCGAGAUUUUCAGGUGCAAUAGCUCCGGUGACCUAUAUCCAUUUGGCGUCCCUCCCCCCACCUCACCUCCCGCUGCUUUCCUCACUGUCGCAACACCUUCGGCUCGCACUCUUUGGCAUCGGCGUCUAGGCCAUCCCGGCAAACACGUCAUUUCCUCCAACUGUUCCAACAGUGAACCACCCUGUUCCAACAGUUCGUCCGACAGUCCUAUAACACAGCCAACAACUGUUUCUCAUGCAGCACCACCUCUCGACCACGGCCAACUCACAACCCCUUCUCAUACUUCCACAUCUCCUUCUCCUACUCCCACACCUCCCCCACCUCCCCCUGCUCACCGUAUGAAACUUAAGUCCGAUGGCUCAUUUGAGCGAUACAAAGCACGGUGGGUUGUUCGUGGGUUUCACCAGCAGGCUGGCAUCGAUUUUGACGAGACUUUUAGCCCUGUUGUCAAACCAGCCACUGUUCGAACAGUUCUCAGUAUUGCUCUCUCGCGAUCAUGGCCAAUCCACCAGCUUGAUGUGAAAAAUGCCUUCUUACAUGGAAAUCUCUCUGAAACUGUCUACUGCGAACAACCUCCCGGAUUCGUCGAUCCAUCUCGCUCCACUCACGUGUGUCGUCUCAACAAAGCACUCUACGGUCUCAAGCAGGCACCAAGUGCUUGGUUCAAGCAUUUUGCAUCUCACAUUACUACCUUGGGGUUCAGAGAAUGCAAGUCCAACACUUCACUCUUUGUGUACUGUCGCAACAGUUCACGCGACUGUAGCAACAGUUCAUGCAACUACCUUCUGCUGUAUGUCGAUGACAUUGUACUUACGGCCUCCACACCUGAAUUGCUCCGCUCUAUCAUCGCUUCCCUUAAUCAAGAGUUCGCAAUGAAGGAUCUUGGCGAUCUUCACUACUUUCUCGGCAUCUCAGUUACUCGCUCGUCGAAUGGGCUAUUUCUCUCUCAACGCAAGUACGCCGACGAGAUACUAGAGCGUGCAUACAUGGCUUCCUGCAACCCUUGUCUUACGUCGGCUGACACAAAGAGCAAGUUGUCUUCGACCACUGGACCCCCCGUUGCUGACCCUACUCUUUAUCGCAGCCUUGCCGGUGCACUGCAAUACCUGACGUUUAUUCGUCCCGACAUCCGCUAUGCUGUGCAACAAAUAUGUCUAUUCAUGCAUGAUCCGAGGGAACCUCAUAUGGCUUCCCUCAAGCGUAUCCUUCGCCACAUUUGUGGCACUCUCGAUCACGGCCUUCAGCUCUCCCCCAAUCCGGACCUCUCCCUUAUCGCUUACUUCGACGCCGAUUGGGGUGGCUGCCCUGACACUCGUCGUUCGACAUCGGGCUAUUGUAUUUUCCUCGGCAACAACCUCAUCUCUUGGUCCUCCAAACGACAGGUCACUACUUCACGAUCGAGUGCGGAGGCCGAAUAUCGAGCUAUCGCAAAUGCCGUCGCCGAAACGACUUGGUUACGCAACCUACUUUCUGAGUUGCUCUGCCCACUUUCGAAAGCCACUAUUGUCUACUGUGACAACGUCAGUGCCGUCUACCUAUCCAGCAAUCCUAUUCAACACUCUCGUACGAAACAUGUGGAGAUCGAUAUCCACUUUGUCCGAGACAAAGUUGCUUUAGGACACGUUCGAGUUCUUCACGUCCCAUCCGCCUACCAGUUUGCCGAUAUCUUCACGAAAGGACUCCCUACUCAACUGUUCCAACAGUUUGUCUCCAGUCUCCCGUCCUCUCCUUUCCCGUUUCGACUGCGGGGUCUUCGCGAAAGAGGGUGGAACGAGUUUCAUCUAGGCAGUCUUCGUCAAGCCACUGAUCUCUCCAAAAAUCUGUGUUCCCUGCUCUCACGAUCCAACGACUAUGGUUAUCCAAGAACUGAAGUUGCUGGAACAAUUAUCAGCAAAGUAAAGAAGCAUGUGUUGGAAUUGGAUCUCGGAACUUAA